GGAAGUGGACAGACGCGGGUCCUGGUGACACAUGAAAGGUGACAUGUUGCAUGAACUUAAACUUUACGUGUUAAUGUCGCAACGAACGAUCCUCCACGUCAACACAACGAGUAGUAAUGGCGUCCUGAGCAGAGGGUGACGUCACACUCAUCUGUGUUUAUUUAUUUUCUUAGUUAAUGUGGAUGAACUCGAUGGGACUCGAACCGUGUACAGCUCAUAACUUGACACGGCUCCCGGUGUCCGCAGGGAAUCAGUGCGAACCUCAACAUUUACGCACACGUCAGUUCUGAGCUCUGACAGCCGGUGUCUUCAACCACUUCUACCUCAGCCGCCAUCACCUGACACAGAGCAGAUAUGACGAGGAGCCUCGGUGGGUUGUUGUUCAGAGGCGUCCACAGCCUCACCUCUGUCCCGGCCGUGAGGACUCAGCUCGGCCACCUGGCUUCCGGCGGCGCGGUUAGGACCGUGGUGACGCUGCCGUCGUUUCUUUCCCCCAAGCCCCGGGACUUCAGCCUGCCCAACUCCUCGUGGGGCUCCGAAAUGUUGCGGUUGCACGAGCAUUACAGCAGCCAGUGUGAGGUGGAGAUGGAGGAAGGAGAGAAAGACCGAGGGCUUUGGCUGAGACUGCCAAGCUACAACCGCUCCCUCAAGUAUGCUACAGGUGGAUUAUACCUCAGUAAGAUUGUCCAGGCAAACGCUCGUCUUUUCACCCGUAACAUCCGAGAGCCGGGGGCAGCAUUUGAAUACGUUGUGUUUGUUAACAAAAAGGAGAAGAGGUGCGUGUGCAUUUUCCAGGCUGGACACCUUCUGGAGGGGCCCCCAGGUUGUGUCCACGGGGGGGCGAUAGCCACUAUGAUUGAUACCGUGACAGGGACUCAUGCCAGUGUAGUGUCAGGACCUGUCAUGACCGCCAACCUCAACAUCAACUACCGCAGUCCCAUCCCACUUGGAAACACAGUGUUGAUUGAAUCCUCUGUGGAUUCCAGGGAAGGCAGAAAAAUGUUUAUUUCAUGUAAAGUCACCAGCACUGACGGCUCAAAACUGCACACAGAAGCAACAGCACUGUUCCUGUCAGUGAAUGUCAGUCAUCUAUUGAAGGGAGGAUGACACAAAGCAGCAACACCUUCCCAAACCUCAGCAGCAGUGUGUGAGAGCGAGACAGGAUGUGUGAGUGUAUUACUGAUUUGCACUGUUAUUGCAUUUGCCAGAUGAUUUAAUAUAUAACUUAUUUUUGAAUUUUUACUAAUUAUUAUUAUUAUUUUUUUUUAUUGUUAUUACAUACUAGUAUGUACCUCUACUUGACCUCCACUCCUUAGUGUUGUUAUCAUAUCUUAUACCUCAUAUAUAUCAUACAUAUUUGUUUGAAUUUAUUGAUUCAAGUAAAUGUUACGUAUUAUUGCAUCUUGGGCUGUUGAGAGUGACAAUAGAUUAAAAAAUGUACUGUACCUAAAGCUUUUGUUUAUUCUAAUAAAGCCUUACCUUAGGGUUUUAUAUAAAUCAUACAAAUCAGGUUUUUAUUUGUUUAUCAAAAAUGAGAAAUUGCAGGUAAUACAAAUUGAAUUGUAUCCUCCUGAGAUUUAGUUUUAAAAAAUCUGGGAUUGCUCCUCCGUCAUAUGGAAAUCUUUACAUGAGUAUGAUAAAAACAUAAAAAUAAACAUUUGAUAACACUCAUUUUCCAGUUUUAAUUGAAUUAAAAAUAAAGCCAGUCAAUAACUCUGAAUGGUGUAAAGGGAAGUGGUAAACUGCCCAAGUAAAUAAUAAAAAAAAGAAAGACAGUUAAGGUCACAAAACAGUGAAAAGUAUGUAAAUUACUAAAAAAAAAACAGAUCAUUUUCAUGGAUUAGAAAAUCUGUGAACUUGUAGCAACAUAUUUGUGGAAACAAUUUUGGGACAAACUUUUUAAAUGAUGUUUCAUUUCUAUUUUUACAAGAACGUUAUAAGUUUUCUUUUUGCUUCAACUUCACACUGAGAUUUUAGCUAUCUGUAACAUAAGUACAUCACAUGUUCAUGAAAUGUACUUUUUUUUUGUUUUUAUCAUACUACAUAAUACUAGGUACUACAUCAUCUUGUUCAUCAGAUGGUUUGCUUUACACAGUCUGACACAGAAAUGACUGAAGUGUUCCAUAAUAAGUAACACUGUCCACAUCACAGAGAUCUGUGCUGCUCUGGCAGCUACUGUAGACCACGGUGUUAAAAAAGUGUCUGUCACAGACACCUGAAAACAGACAGAGCUCCAACUUCUUUUUACCACUUCAACUUUCUUUUACACACGACUAUGACACAUCUGAAUGUGACUGUAACGUUGAUUUCUCUACCAACAUUUUCUGUUUGUGUAACAAAUUCUGUUUGCCUUGUGCUUGACAUGUUGUCAGAAGGAAUAAAUAAACUUCACAGAUUUAUAAAACUGGCUACACAGCCAUUCAACAAACAAUAAAAUGAUAUAAAAUAGAAAA